AUGCUCGCCUUUGCAUUCAGCUCGUUCCUCAUCGCCCUCCUUCUAAUCUAUGUCGGCGCGGGACCUCACGUUCUGGCUUCUAUCAUGGCACUUGACGACUCUCUUGAUGCUCAUGAAUCAGGUCUGGCCGUCGUCGCUGCUCGCAAUCCUUUCAGAGAUAGCGGACCCCCUGCGAACAUGGCAAAACUUAUUCUACUUCGGCAUAAGAUACAAACAACCGGCAGAAAAAGAAGGAGUACGUCCCAUACGCGUCAGGUUUCACGACCUUAUACCAUCGCUCAACCUCGACCGGCGAAAGCUCCUUGGUUACGGUUCGGCAGGUCUGCUGGGAAGCAAUUCUAUUGA